UCUGAAUUGUUGUUGCGCUUUCUGUGUUGGACUUUGAAACGUUGCUGCUCGAGCUUAAACAACAAAAGUUACUCAAUUCACACAGCUAUCGAGUGAGAAGCCAUGUUCCGGACACGGGUGCACCGCAAUCUGUCGUGGAUCUCGACAAAUUCGUCUCGAACCACGACCACUCAUGGCCAGCAUUACCAAUAUCUACAGUGUUCCAAGCUACCGACGCUGUAUUUCCAGCGCUCCUUACCAAGGUUACCCAUUCCUCUACUGGAAAACAGUUGUCGGCGCUUCCUGGAAGCCACGCAGCCGUUGCUCUCUUCGGCAGAGCAGACGGAAACAAAGCGAACGGUGGAGCAAUUCCGCCAGGGAAUUGGAAUGGAGUUGCAUGCAAAAUUAAAGAACCACGAUGCAGAUAACAAGCAUACUAGCUAUAUAUCACAGCCCUGGUUCGACAUGUAUCUGGCCGAUCGGGCGCCCCUGCCUCUCAACUAUAAUCCGCUGCUGGUGAUGAAAAGCGACCCGCGACCGGAGUACCAAGCCCAAGUGGUAAGGGCAACAAACCUAAUCAUCAGCUCGCUGCGAUUUUGGCGAUCCCUGCAAUCGGAUCUCCUGGAGCCGGAGGUCUACCACAUGAAUGCCAAGAAAAGCGACACCGCCAGCUACCGCAGGUGGAUGAAAGUGGCCCCUAAGGCAUUUGCCACAUACGCCUCGUACGCCUUUAAGGCAUUCCCGCUGGACAUGAGCCAGUACAACCGUCUUUUCGGCACAUCCAGGAUUCCCAGAAUUGGCAUAGAUGAAUUGGUUCAGUCGCCAGACUCCAAGCACAUUCUGGUGAUGCGACGCGGUCAUAUGUAUGCUGUCAAUGUCCUAGACUCGAGCGGUUACAUCGAGAGCCCAAGUGUGAUUUUGGGCAGGCUAAGGGCUGUAAUCAAGCUGGAUGCAGACCGCGAGGCAGCCGAUGUUCCACUUGGUGUUUUCACCUCUGGACAGCGAGAUGAGUGGGCCAAAAGCAGGCAGCAGUUUGUCAGUAACCCCAAGAAUGCCAAUCUUCUGCAGAGCGAGGUGGAUGCGGCACUGUUCUGUGUUUGCUUGGAUGGAGAAGAGGAUGGAGUCUUUGACGAGGACAGGCAAGAGCCACUUCUCAAGCAUCUACUGGCGGGGAAGGCGCAGAAUCGUUGGUUCGACAAAUCCAUAUCCCUGUUAAUCAGCGCGGAUGGCACCACGGCGAUAAACUUCGAGCACUCGUGGGGUGAUGGUGUUGCUGUGCUCCGCUAUUUUAACGAGCUAUACAAGGACACUCUCAAGCAGCCGUUUGUUUCAACGGAGACGGUGCAUACUCCUGCGGAAGGGGAUUUCAGUAAUGUACGACCCAUAAACUUCGAGAUCGACGAUGCCACAAAGUCGGCGGUUUUGGAAGCCUUUAAUAAAAAUGCCAGCAUUGUAGAUAGUCUGGACAUGAACCUGCUGAAGUAUCCACAUAUUAACAAGCCAACUUGCAAGCAGUACGGCCUUAGUCCCGAUUCCAUCAUCCAGCUGGCCUUUCAGCUAGCCUAUCGACAAGCCUACAGUGGCUAUGUGGGCAGUUACGAGUCCUGUAGCACCUCCGCUUUCCGGCAUGGACGCACGGAAACGAUGCGACCGUGUACAAAUGCCACCAGGGACUUUUGUGAGGCUAUCCUGCAGCCGGAAAGGAGCAAACCUAGUGCGGCAGAACUGCGAGCGAUGAUCGACAAAUGCAGCAAGGUACAUGGCCAACUCACCAAGGAGGCGGCUAUGGGCCAAGGUUUUGAUCGACAUCUCUUCGCCCUUCGGCACACGGCCCAAAAGGAGGGAAUACCCCUUCCCGAUCUCUACGAAACAGAGGCUUAUAAACGCAUUAAUAACAACAUCAUCAGUACCUCAACUCUGGGAUCAGAUGCCCUGCUAGCGGGUUCAUUCGGUCCGGUAGUUAGGAAUGGCUUCGGAAUUGGCUAUUCGAUCCAAAACGAUUUUGCAGGCGCUAUCGUCACCACCUACAAAAACCAGGCCGAUGGAAAAGUCUUUAUAGACAGCCUGGAAUCGGCAUUUGAUAAAAUUUGCGCUGUCAUUCAGCAAAGCAGCAGUGGACAGAAAUAGGAGAAAACCCCAAGGAGUCCAGCCCCGUCGUACGAUAAUAAGGCUUAAAAAAAAAAAAAAAAAGAGAUUUAUUUUAAUGCUUUUACACUGUAUCCCAAAUGUCUGAAUUGCAAUAUCUUACUUCUAGCCUUAGAAUUUAUAGAUUAUACACUGAAAACAUUCUACCCCAUCUUAAA